CUAAGCGAAGGCAGCUAGUUUGCUGUAGUGAGGCGACACAUAUGCAGCCGUGUGCUUUGGAAGUGUAUCUAUAAGCAGCUGUCGGCAUUUUGGUUUAAACAAUAUACAACCCUGCAGCAAUAGCUGUGAAAUGUACGGCUUUGGAGAACGUCCCAUUCAGGCUAUCAAUGGCAUUCGCAGACUGUCUCCUGGCUAAUAUGUUUGCAAACAGAUUCUUUCAAAAUUGUAGUCUGCGUAACUUUGUCUUUUUGCAUGAAAUGCGUGUGGAAGUGGCGGUUAAUAAUUUUAACAGCUAUUACUUCAUAUUGCUGUAUGUGAUUAAUACAGCUACUAGUGAGCUAGAGAAUAAGAUUGACCGUUUAGUUGAGCACUUGUAUUGGAUCGUUGUAAACGUAAACAAAGUUAUAUUGCAUAAUUAUUAAGUAAUGAUGACUGACAACGUUUUAUCAUGUUAAGCUUUUUAUUAUUCUUGAACAGUAUGACAUGUCAAACGCUGUCAUAAGCACGGUUAAAGAUUGUAUGUAGCAAUGCUGUCAGAUUCCUUUCAUCUCUGUCCCGGGACAUGCCUAUAAAACAGCUGGUUUGUUAGAAUUGAAAUUCAUAUUAAACAGUGGUAAUCUGUCUUUUUCUUUUUACACUUAACCUAAAUUAAGGAUAUUAAUAAUCGAAGGAUAAAUUGUCCAAUUACAGUUUGUUAGAUGUAGCCCUACUAUUGUUACAUCUGAAGAGUUGACAUUGCAAAUUUCAUUUCAGAUAAUUCCCUUAUGGGUGGCUCAAACAUUCCUUUUGCAAUUCUGCCCAAAUAUUUUGUGCGUCUGUUAGUCGAGAAAUUUCCGGGGGCAGGCACAAUACUCGUUCUGUACAGUCGUGCGAUUUUUAGGCAAGCGCGUAACCUGUUAAGAUCACGCUGCUUCCGGUCGUGCAGGAGCGCGCUUCUGUCUCAGCCAAUCGGCGAGCUCCAUAUCAGCGUGUUUACCGUACUUGUAUAGUGUGAUGCGGAAACUCAGAAUGUACAACAUGUACAAAGAAUUUGUCUCGGCACAGGCAAUUAUGGAUCUCGCAAAAUACAAUUUAUGGAUCAUAUGAUUUUGGAUGCCAAGAGCAGAGUGUACGAAGAGUGAUGUGGAGAGCAACCUGGAGAUGGGGAAGAAGCUGCUGGCAGCUGGCCAGCUGGCCGAUGCCUUGUCGCAUUUCCACGCUGCUGUCGAUGGGGACCCCAAGAACUAUAUGGCGUAUUACAGGAGAGCUACAGUUUUCCUGGCUAUGGGCAAGUCCAAGUCGGCACUGCCGGACCUGAGCAAAGUCAUCGAGCUCAAACCAGACUUUACAUCUGCGAGACUUCAAAGGGGAAAUCUCCUGCUGAAGCAGGGGAAACUCGACAACGCAGAGGAUGACUUCAAAAAAGUACUGAAAUCCAACCCCAGUGACAAAGAAGAGAAGGAAGCCAGAAGUCAGCUGGUGAAAUCGGACGAGAUUCAGCGGCUGUUGGCGGAAGCUCAUAGCGAGUUUGACCGGAAGGACUACAGUGCAGCUGCUGCCCACCUGGAUACCAUCAUAGAGACCUGCGUGUGGGACGUGAACUCCAGGGAGCUUCGAGCGGAGUGCUUCAUGCAGAUAGGAGAGAUGGGCAAAGCCAUCAGUGACUUCAAAGCAGCGUCCAAGCUGAAGAGUGACAACACUGAGGCUUUCUAUCGGCUCAGCAGUAUCUACUACCAGCUGGGGGACCACGAAAUGUCACUCAACGAGGUGCGGGAGUGCCUGAAGCUGGACCCCGACCACAAGCAGUGCUUCAGCCACUACAAGCAGGUGAAGAAGCUGAACAAGCAGAUCGCGUCUGCAGAGGAGCUCAUUCAGCAGCAGAGGUAUGAAGACGCUGUGAGCAAAUACGAGUCGGUCAUGAAGACUGAACCGGACGUGCGCCACUACACGCAUCUCGCCAGUGAGCGCAUCUGCCACUGCUUGUCCCAGAAUCAGCAGGCCACAGAAGCCAUCAAGGUUUGCAGUCACGUUCUCAAGACAGAGCCUCACAAUGUGAACACCUUGAAAGACAGAGCCGAGGCCUACCUCCAGGAUGAGCAAUACGAGCAGGCCAUCCAGGACUACGAGAGUGCAAGAGAGCAGAGUGAGAAUGACCGCCAGGUCAAGGAGGGACUGGAAAAGGCCCAGCGCCUCCUCAAGCAGUCAAAAAAGAGGGAUUACUAUAAGAUCUUGGGAGUGAAGAGAACUGCUCAGAAGAAGGAAAUCAUGAAGGCGUACAGGAAGCUAGCACAGCAGUGGCACCCAGACAACUUCCAGGACACGGAGGAGAAGAAGCGGGCCGAGAAGAAGUUUAUCGACAUCGCCCAAGCUAAGGAGGUGUUAACUGACCCUGAGAUGAGGAGCAAGUUUGACCAGGGGGACGAUCCUCUGGACCCCGAGAGUCAGCGUGGGGGUGGCCCCCACUUCCACCAUGGAUGGGACGGUUUCCAGGGCUUCAACCCCUUCGGUUCUGGACCCUUUUCCUUCAAGUUCAACUUUAACUGAGUGCUGUGGUUCUGGGAUACGCCAAGGGAGGCCAUUGUGGAAGGUGUCCGUGCGACGGGGGCAUGCAGCUGUGAACCCAGGUGUCUGAAGCUGCUCUACUCCUAAGGAAGGUCGUUGACCAGAAUUGCCUCAGUAAAUAUCCAUUUAUGUAAAUGGGUAAAAUCUACCAGAAUAGUCUAUUGUCCUUGAUAAGGGCACUUUUCAAACUAAUAACCUAACUGAUGACAAUGGUCACGGGAGCACGGCAGUCCGUGUCAACAUCGGUCUUCUGGAAAAUUCCUUCUAUGCUAUAAAUGGACGCAAUGAUAGAGCUGAACUUGCCUUGUUUCAAUUCUGAAUGUUUCUGUAAUUUUAAAGAAACAGGUCUUGAGAUGGCUUUGGUGACCGAGUCUUUGAAACCGUCUUUAUUUUGACCACUUUUUUUUUUUUUUUUUACAAGCAGAAUUUAGUUUCCAUAAGUUCCUUGAAGUGAUUUGUGUACAUAACUAUUUUUAUAUGGAAUCACGCUGAAUUGUAAAUAAAGAUCUAUUUAUGCUUAUUUAAUUAAAA